AUGACAAACCCAAAAACCAACCAUAUUAACAAAGAUCAUUUGAAAAAUGCUACAAUUAAACCCAGGAACAGAGAUCUUGUUAAAUGUAAUUGUAUAUGGCAUUGUGAAGGUGGUCGUUGGGUUGAUCCAAGAACGCAAGCUAACAAAUCUGUUAGAAGCUCAGCAAAAGAACAAAAGUAUAGAAGUGGUUUAGUUAAACUAAAUUUAUCUGGUGAUGAUUUUUCUAAUCAAUUUUUCGAAGAUGAUAUAGUAGCUAAUCUGGAUGAAACAGAAUUAAAGGAAUUAGAACUAGAUAAAAAUAUUUUAACAGAUAAUAGCCAAAAGUCAAGCAAUUUUGAUUAUGAUGAUGAUCUUGAAGGUACUUGA